UAACGGAUUUCUUACAAAACUAAUGGAAUCUGUCGGGUCCAAUGACUCCGAUCAAAUAUCUCCCUACGUCAGUAACCGAGACCAACGUCAUCUCUUGGCUCAUCAACCGGUGGAAGAUCGGAUCAUUCGAGCUCUCCGUCACAGGCUCCGUUUACUCAGCCGUCCAAACGACGCUACUUUCCACGUCCUAGGUGCCACGUGUAACGUCUACACCGUGACGCUAACGGCCACGCCGACUUGUACUUGUCCCGACCGUAAGAAGCCGUGUAAACACAUCUUGUUUGUCUUAAUCCGAGUUCUUGGCAUUCCACUCGACGACAAGUGUCUCCGGCAGCGGAAACUCCGGCCAUGUCUUCUUUAUCGUCUCGUCUCCGCUCCCACACGACCUGACUGCCUCGCUAGCUUCCACCUCCAGCAACGGUUUCUCCAGCUUUUCUCCACCGUCAAUUCUCAUUACGGAAACACUAACUCCUCUUCCACCCCUGCACCGGAAAACGAGGUGGAAGACGAAGCUGCUACAUGUCCGAUAUGUCUAGACGACAUUAACGUCACUAAAAGCGUAAACGGUGAACAUGUUGGAGGCGAGGAGAGCGAGAGAGCGGUGGUGAAGUGCAGGGUUUGCAAGAACAAAGUGCAUGACGAAUGCAUGCUGAAGUGGAGGGCGAGUCGGGGACGGAGACCGGCAAUCUGCGUAGUAUGCCGUUCACGGUGGCGGCGAGGCAGUGGUUCUAGCAGGACUCCUAAUGUUGGUGGUAGUAACGAGAUCAACUACCACGGUAAUUGUUACUUGAAUCUUGCUCCUUAUGUUAACGAGGAGGAUGAGGAUGGGGUUGGCACGAGUCAACGGUCAUGUUGAGGAAGUUGAAAGAUUAAUUGUUAUGUCAUGUGUUAAUUGUCAAAUUCAUGUAAACAAGAUUCACUUAACACAAAACAAAAUUGUGGGUAUAUAUUAAUUUGAUUAAA